AUGCCACCAGCGGAGACCACCUUGGACGCUACGGCAGGCCUACUGAACACCGCCAUGGCUCAGUCGCCGCCACCGCCUCCUGCGUCGACUUCGACGCCUGCUCCGGUGCAGCGGUCAACUUUACCGACCGCUCCCGUUGAGCAGGCAAGGGACCCUGUUGUUGCGGCGGCGAAGCGCAAGGCCACUACACCUGCCAUCCAGCCAGACACGGACAAGCCGCCGAGCCGACAACGUACCCCCCCAGCCCAGCCGGAAGACGCAUGGAAGCUUCAAGUCAAGAAGAUCAAGCCAGCGUUCCGGCAUUGUGUGCAGGGGGACACCACCGACCCCGGCAAGCUGAUGGGGAAGUUCCUCAACCAGGCCUGGAGACCACUGCAGGAUGGUACCGAGUACGAACUACACCAUCUCCGGACCAAGGAAGGCCACUCGGGACUCGUUGUGACCCACCGGCGCCGAGACUGCUACCGACAAGCGAUCCUGCUACGAGAGAUGGAUAGCCAGACCAUCCACAGGAUCCUCAAGGCUAUCUUCGGCGCCGGCUACCACCAGAAACAAGAAACUAAUCUGAACGACACAUACCGUAUUCCAAUCAACAUCAAAAUCUUAUUUCUACACAAGACAGAGUCCAAAAGAGAAAUCGACUGUGGUGAGCCUCCCAAUGUACUACAUGCCAGUGUGACAAGAAUUGGAAGAACGUUUAAUUCCGUGGCCAACUACAGCUGUGACGUCGGUUACGCCAUGAUAAAUGGGACGACGUUAACUUGCGGCACAGAUGGUAGAUGGACGUCAAAAAACUUGCGCUGCGUUGUGGAUUGCGGGACACCAGGACUAAUUGCCAAUGGACGCAUUGUUUGCGAAGCCACAACUGUGGGAAGCACUGGACACGUGGAGUGUAUGGAGUUGUUCAAGUUCUUUGGAAACGACAGUUCAACGAAGUGCGACUCAACCGGACAAUGGCUCAGACCUAGCGGAGACUGCCUUCAAGUAGAGUGGCGAAAUAAGACGACUCCCUUUGACAUAAACCUCCCGGAUACUUUAACCGAUGGAUGGCGGAUGUUUUUGCAUGGAACUCCAAUAGACCCCAACAGGCAUUUUUCUGUAAACCUGAUGGAUCAUGCAGAUAGGUUUCACAUGCACAUGGAUGUGAAAUUUCGUUAUUCGGGAGCGAGAGCGGUGAUCUUUGACACCCUCUUGAAUGAUAAGUGGGGGACGACGCUUGUAUACGCUCACGACUUCCCGUUCAGAGAAAACGUCCCUUUUGAACUCAUCUUAGAGAUACAAGCUCACAAAGUUCUGAUUAUCGUCGACGACAAGCCAUUUAUUAACGUCACUUUGAUAUCGCCUGCAGAAGAUAUCACCCGAGUAUACAUUAUGGAAGAUGUGACACUGCAUCAGCUGAUGUUGAUAUAUGAUAAAACAUAGACAGCUGAAGUUGUUAAUACCAACAAACACCACCCCACCCUUCUCGUAAUCUCCUUUGAACUAUAUAGCAUUUCUUCCCGAUCACGGGCGGGAUUUACAGGCUCGGCGGAGCAAUGUUUAUGUGUGUGUGUGUGGGGGGGGGGGGGGGGGCUGGGGUGGUUGGGCAUGGGGCUGCAGCCCUCAAUAUUUCUGAAUCAAAAAUAGUAUUGGUAGUAAAUUGGAGUGAGAUUUAGUUCUGUCGGUUGAGUGCUCGCUUGAGGUGCUUGCGUCGCAGGAUCGAACCACUUCGGUGGGUCCAUUCAGCUGCUUGGAUUUUUUCUCGUUCUAACCAGUGAACCACAACUGGACAAAGGGCGUGGUAUGUGAUUUCCUGUCUGUGGGGAAGUGCAUAUAAAAAAUCCAUAGCUCCAUUAGGAAAGAUGUAGCGGGUUUCCUCUGAUGACUACGAGACAAAACAAAUACAUUAACUGUGUGUCCGUAUAUCAAUUCUAGCUGUCUGUGUUUGUCCAUAUGUCCAUUCUAAAUAUCAUAUAUGGACAAGCAAAGACAGCUAGCAUUGAUAUGUGGACAAACAGACAGCUAGAAUUGAUAUAUGAACAAACACACACAGCUAGAUUUGAUAUAUGGACAAACACACACAGCUAGAUUUGAUAUAUGGACACGCACAGACAGCUACAACUGAUAUAUGGAUAAACACACAUUUGAAACAUUGAUUCAUGGAGAAAUACAGACAGCUAGAAUUGAUAUAUGGACAAAACAAACUGCAAACAUUGAGUUGUGCACCAAUACAGACAUAAUUGAUAUAUGGACAAAGAUAGACAGCUAGAAUUGAUGUAUGGAAAAACAAGACAGAUUUAAUAUAUGGAAAAACACAUACAGUUAAAAUUGAUAUAUGGACAAAGUUAAAGUCUGUUAUGUUAAACGACACCUCUAAAGCACAUUGAUAUAUUAAUCAUCGACUAUUGGAUAUAUGGACAAAGACACGCAGUUAUAAUUGAUAUAUGGACAAAGACACGCAGCUAUAAUUGAUAUAUGGAAAAACCAGGCAGCUAGAAUUAAUAUAUGGACAAAGUUAAAGUUUGCUAUGUUAAACGACACCUCUAGAGCACAUUGAUAUAUUAAUAAUCGACUAUUGGAUAUAUGGAUAAAGACACGCAGGUAUAAUUGAUAUAUGGAUAAAGUCACGCAGUUAUAAUUGAUAUAUGGACAAAGACACGCAGCUAUAAUUGAUAUAUGGACAAAGACACGCAGUUAUAAUUGAUAUAUGGACAAUGACACGCAGCUAUAAUUGAUAUAUGGACACAGACACGCAGUUAUAAUUGAUAUAUGGACAAUGACACGCAGCUAUAAUUGAUAUAUGGACAAAGACACGCAGUUAUAAUUGAUAUAUGGACAAAGAAAGCUAAACCUGAUUAUCAGGAUACAGACAGUUAAAGUUAAUACAUUGACAAACGUAGGUAAAAAGAAGUGAAUAUAUCAUAUGCUACUAUUGUUUAAGGACUUAAGACAUUAUGAAUGUGCAUAUUUAUCACCCAUUAAAGUCCUUUGUAGGAACUAUCGCUGGCACUAUAAUUUGCGAUAUCUCCUGCGAUAUUCUCCUUAGGAGAUAUCGCACCUUAUAAUCUGGAUUGGUCAAAUUGUAAUCAGUAGACGAUAUUUUGUUACGAGUGUCGUGAACCUUUGUUUGAUAUAAAACACGAAAGUGGGUUGAAAUUAAUGAAUUGAAAUGAAAUUAAUAUUUAAAAACACAAUUUGGACUACUAUACGUCAACGGUUUUCAACAUGAAAAUCACAAUCCAUGAUAUAGAUCGUGAUCUGUGUCGAAUGUCGUGAACCUUUGUUUGAUAUAAAACACGAAAGUGGGUUGAAAGAAAGAAAGAAAUGUUUUUUUUUAACGACGCACUCAACACAUUUUAUUUACGGUUAUAUGGCGUCAGACAUAUUGUUAAGGACCACACAGAUUUUGAGAAGAA